ACCGGAGCGUGAGGCCCGUACCCUUCAGGAAAUUGGAGCAUGAGAUAAGAUAAACGUUGGGCAGAGUGCUGGUCGAUUGCCGCUUCGAGUGGAGCUUGGAGGCGUCUAGGCCCUCUUCUGACUUUCUCCCGAUUUUGCUUUCGCCGCCUAGAGCCUUGAUUCGGACAGCAACUGAAAAUAUGCGCUUAAAUUAUCGGCAGCGAAGCCACGCCACAAAAAGACGGGACGCACAGGCAAAGGACCUUCUCCUGCGAGGCGAGCCGAAGGCUUCGAAUGGGCAAUGUUGCCUGUCCUCACUUCUGGACAGGCUUCCUUCACUCUCACACACAUUUGCCUUGGUUGCGAUGUCGAAUUCGACAAUGACAGACCCGCACGAUUUGAUGGCAUUCGUUACCAUCAUUGGCUCGGUGGGAGCAUGGAUCGGAAGCUCGACGGUGCAACACUUGACCGGUCUCACCCUUACCCAGCCAUUCUUGAGCUGGCUAGGGCCGAUCAGCAUCGUUGGCAGCUUUGGCAUCUAUCAGGCCGGACUGAAAGCGGUUAUGACACCGUCGCAGCUUCGCGCCUUUGGCUGGAGCGCAGAUCAGACACCAGCCAGAGGCGUCGCCGAGGCUUUGACGACGGGGCCCACCGAGUCGGAUAGCAUCCACUUUGGUUUUCCGGUGCAGCGGCAGCAGUCUCAUCUUGUGGCAGAUCAAGCACCCCUCGACGAUGGCCCUCGGCAGCAACAAGGAGCGGGCAGGGCGGUUGAAUCUUUUCCUGUGCGUGCAAAGAGCGGCAAUGUCUUGGUGAAGAGCCCAGCAAUCUCAAAUGGAGACAACGUCGGACCACAUGUCUAUCACUCCAACGUGUCGUGGCUUGGUAGUCGUCGAGGAGCCCUCGUCAGCUGCAGCGAUAAGGACUCCUUUAAUGCAAGACUGGCCGUCUCCUGUGUGACGACCUGUUUCUUAAGCUACAUCGCGAUUACUGUAGUGCUGUAUGGCGAAAUCAACCUCCUGGGUCCCGGUCGCCGAGGUGCUGUUGUUGCCCAAGUGCUCUGUUACGGCAUCACCAAGGCAUUACUCGUCAUGGCCGUGCACGUACGCUUCUUGCUCCGGGCAAUCGUCUACAUGCCUGGACGCCCUUGCGGAGAGGGCGGCUGCCUCCCAGCGCGGCUCCGAAUCUACAAGCAGUCCUUCUCCGAUGCCUCGAAUGGGACGAGCGCUACCAGCUUCGUCUACUGCGAGAGAGCGUACAGGUUGGUCCAGGGCAUUGCCCAUCCCGCGCUCCGAUCCAGGGAUUCGAAGGGCCGACCAUACUACAAGAGUAGUGGGGCGGACGAUGACGCAAUGCCCACUGCCUGCCACAUGCGAUGGCGCCAGGCAGCCAUGUAUGCGAUGGACUUUGCCGUUGCAAUCCUUUCCAUGGUGCACCUCUUCUUCUACGCCUGGUACCUUGCUUGGCUCUCGACAAAUGUGGUGCGUCAUGAGAGCAAACCCCGCCGCGUUUAUGGGUGGAUUGUCGGCGAGCUGGCUCUGUUGGGCCUCAAGGUCGCCAUUCUGGCGAACAAGAGCAUCACUUGGCCAAUGGAACAUGGCCGACCCAUCAACCUCGUCUUUCGUUCGGACUUUGCCGUCACCAACGACGACAUGAUGACAGGCCGACUUCGAGAAGUCAGCCACGACCACGUCAUUCUCUUUGGAGCACAGACAAAGUACGACGCCCCUGAGCCUCUGACGACGAUGCACGUGCGAUACGAUGGCAACGAAAGCCGCGUCGAAGUGGCGCCUUUCUUUGUGCAGCAGAUAGAAGAUGCGCAGCGAAAAAGGACGUAUGCAGGGUCAUGGGCAAGGUGGACACUCCGCUACGAACCCAAAGCCUACUCACUUAUAUGCUACAUCUCCACCGAAAGUUGCGAUGUCGUAGAAAUACCAUUGGAAGAGCCUUGGAGGGAGGCUAACGUCCGCAAUAGCUUCAACGUGGCUUGGAAGAGAGCUUCAAGGACACCCGAUGGCGCGCAGGAGCUCGCUCCAGACGAAAUUUGGGUAGGACACAGAGAUUUCUUUUCUAAGAGAGGAGCACGGACAACCACGGAAGCGACGUACGAGCGCACCAUCACACUGACCUUGACCAGGGUCACGACUCUCACCAGCAAAAGCAUCGUUGUGCUCGAGACACACACUGCGCAAGAGCGACUCCCAGGGGCAGGGGCGCCGUGGCUCAAGCUCAAUCCCAACCUGUCGAAGGGCUGUAUCCGUGUGGACGGAAGGGACAUCGGUGUCCAUUUCUUGGGCGCUUCAAAGUAUACUGGAAUGCUCUUGUCCAAUCGGUCGGUGGCGGGACAGAGUAUGCCGAACUGUUUCUGUGAGGUGGCAGCAGCUGGAAGAUUCUGAGGGCGAGGGGUGCAACGUGUCUACUUCUGGAACUGUAUUAUACUGUACUGUACUGUA